AUGGUCACUACAUCUUCCACCUCUCGGGAAGCGAUUGCUCGGCCUCGACCACGGGGCUCGGCUCAAGUUGGGAAUGAACAAACUCCGAAAGUUGUCAACAAUUAUUUCCUUGAAAGUGGUUGUAAGUUGGUCGAACAAGAGUUCGGCCUCCCAAAGGCCGCGAAGACGACUUAUACGCAAGUCUUAACGGGAUUGGACACGGAGUUCGGGUAUCAACAUACAGGCCCCCGAACCUGUGUUCCACUCCACCAACCUCUUUGUCGGCCACCACAACCGUUCGCUGCCCCAGUCCUGCUGUUGGUAGUCGAAGAUAGUCACAUCCUUAAUUCGUGGAUCGAUAAGUUGCAGGCGGCUGAAAUCCAUGGAGUUAGUUCGCGGGCCAUGACACGCGCUGUGCCGUCGUCUGUUUCUUUUCUUGUUGGGCUUGGAUCUAUUCGUACCCGAUCUUUGGCCCAAAAAGAGCCCAUCAAAAAUAUGAAAUGCAUAUCCUCAGAACACGUCCUCACCGGUAACAACAAAAUCAGAAUGGGUCUCCUGAAAAUCUCCGACAACCACACUGUGGCACCAUACAAUGCCCCGAUCGUCUCCUCCUACAACGACCGCAUCCGGCCGCUUCUCGACACCAUCGACCGCCUCCGCCACCUCAAUGUCGUGCAGGAAGGCAUCCAACUCCCCACAAUCGUGGUGGUCGGCGACCAGUCAUCAGGCAAAUCGAGCGUCCUCGAGUCCCUCGCCGGUAUCAGCCUUCCCCGCGGCCAGGGCAUCUGCACCCGCGUCCCCCUCAUCAUGCGCCUCCGGAAUCACCCAAGCCCUAACCCCGAACUCUCCCUCGAGUUCAGCAGCCGGACGGUGCCGACCGACGAAGCCAACGUCGCCGACGCCAUCCGCCUGGCCACCGAGGAGAUCGCCGGAGAGGGCAAAGGGAUUUCAAACACCCCUCUGAUUCUGGUCGUUAAGAAGAGCGGCGUCCCGGACCUCACCAUGAUCGACCUCCCCGGAAUCACCCGGGUGCCUGUCCCCGGCCAGGCGGACGACAUCUAUGAGCAGAUCUCGAGGAUCAUCAUGGAGUUCAUCACUCCCGAAGAGAGCAUAAUCCUCAACGUCCUCUCCGCCGGCGUGGAUUUCGCGACUUGUGAGUCCAUACGCAUGUCUCGGCAGGUGGACGGCACGGGCCAGAGGACCCUGGCUGUGGUGACCAAGGUCGACAAGGAUCCUGAGGGCCUGCUCGAGAAGGUGACCUCAGAUGACACGUACGAGGAGGCCCGUGAGGAGGAGGCUUGGCUGUUCAAGACGCACCACCUCUUGUCUAGGAUAAGCCCGUCAAUGGUCGGAAUCCCUGUCCUGGCUCAAAGGCUCGUCCAGAUACAGGCGAGCCUCGUACUCAAGUGCUUGCCUGACAUCGCAAGGAAAGUCAACGACAGGCUGUCUUCCAACAUGGAUGAGUUGACCAAGCUGCCGCGCACCAUGACCUCUGUCGCUGAGGCCAUGACGGCCUUUGUCCAGAUUUUGUGCAACGCCAGAGAAUCCCUGAAGAAGAUUUUGCUGAGGGGAGAGAUUGAUGAGUAUCCAGACGAGAAGGAUAUGCACUGCACGGCCCGGCUGGCUGAGAUGCUCAGCCGCUACUCUGACGAUAUGCAGGUCAAAGGCUCCCAGAACGAAUCGAUGGGUAAGUUGUUGCUUGAUGAGAUUAGCGUGUUGGAGGAGACGAAAGCAAUCGGACUUCCAAAUUUUCUACCGAGGGCCGCUUUUCUCAUCCUGCUUGAGAAGAAGGUGAAGGGGGUGUCUUUCAUGGCUUUCGACUUCGUCAACAUUACAUGGGCCUACAUAGAGAAAGUGUUGAUCUCUGUCCUCACGAAGCACUCGGAUAACUACCCACAGCUACUCUCGUCCAUGAGGCAAGCCGCCCGGAACCUGGUGGCCAUGAAGAGGAAGCAGUCGGAGGUUUGGGUUGUGGAUAUGAUCGAGAUGGAGAAGAUGACGGACUACACGUGCGACCCUGAGUACAUGGCUUCGUGGAGCAAGCUCAUGGCCAACCAGAACAUGUUUAAGGAGAUUCUGAAAAACAACUCGAUGCACGGGAAUGUUUUGCCCAUUGAUGGGCACUGGUAUGUUGAUGUAGGGCACCUAAGGGGCCAGAAGGGGGACGUGCAUGAGGCAUUUGACCUGAAGAUGAGAUUGACGGCCUACUGGAAGAUUGUGCUGAGAAGGAUGGUCGAUUGCAUGGCCCUGCAUUUGAUGUUUAGCAUACGCAAUCUGGUGAACAAGGAAAUGGAGGUGGAAAUUGUUAAUGAGGUGAUGGGUCCAGAGGGGAAGGCGAUGGACAGGAUGCUGCAGGAGUCGCCUGCUGUGGCCGAAAAACGCAAGAGGCUCAAUAAUAGUGUGGAGUUGCUCAAGGAGUCCAAGGAUGUGGUGGCCAAGAUCAUUGAUAAUAUAUCUGGUAUUAGUAUGUGA